UAUUGCGUUUCGCAGAACAAAGUAGAAUCCAACGACGACGGUAACAGUUCACCUAUUGAAGGAAUAGAAAAAAAGAAGAAAAAUGCAAGAAGAUGCUGAGAAAACUCGACCAAGCACGCCGAGUGGCGGCCAGUUUAUCGACACAUUGAUCGGACAAUGGAUGAAGCGAACGGGAAUAGAUAUCGUAGUGCCCCAAGCGAAAGAGCAAGUGACUGAAAAUGCGAGCUCGCAGGAGAGGAAGCAGGUUUCGCAAAACUAUGAACGCAACAUCCAUUUUUUACAACGGAAGCUGAAGCAGAGCCAGCGGGCGGAGAUCUUCUUGACCUCGUCCUUGGAAGCAGAGAUGCGCAACAAGGAAGACAUUCAGACGAAACUAAACGCCACUUGGGAAUCCAUCGAAACCAUCAGGGCAUACUUCAAUUUCAUCAGCGAAAGUUUAGAGAGCUUCCAGCAGCACCGUGUUAAUCUGUCCAAUUUGUAUGACAAUGUGAUCCUAAAACAACAAGAAAGCAUUCAGAUGCUGCAGUCGAGCAACGCGAAGUUGACAGAUCUGGAGAGCCAUAUCGCGCGAUUGGAAAACGAGUCCCUGCUGCAAGAGAAAAGAUUGCAGGAAGCAACGACGGAAGAGAAUAAAUUGAGGAAGCAAUUGGAGGACUCCGUUUACGAACUGCAGUCGCAGAAGAAUGCAUUAACGCAAACGCACGAAGAGAAGUUGAAGCUCAUCAAAGAACAGCAGCGACUGUCAUUCGAAUAUGAAAAUUUGCAGUUGCGACUGCAGACGGUCGAGAAUGAAAAAUGCGACAUCGCGAAAUCGGCGACACAACUGCAAAAUAAAUUGCUGCUCCAAGAAGAGAAGACGCAAGCGGCGUUGGCGGAGCAAAAUAAACUGCAAAGACAAUUAGAGAAUGCCAAUAAUGAAUUUUUUGUGCAGCAAAAUAGUUUGGCCAGCGCGCACGCCGAAGAGAAGAAAAAGAUUGUCGAGGAGCAACAACGAUUUCUGACUGAAUGCGAGGUUUUACAAUCGCAGUUAAAUACUCUGGAACAAGACAAGAGCAAUAUUGUGGAUACUGUCGCGCAGAAGGACGAGCUUAUUUUGAAGCUCCGGGACGAAAAUUCCGAGUUUAAAAAUCAAAUUGAAGCAAUAACGGCGAGUAAUGAAGAGGCAUUUAGCAAAUACAAAGCUUUGAAGGAGAAGCAAGACAUGGGGGAGAAAGAAUUGAAAACAAAGACAGAAAGAAUUCAAAACUUGGAAGUGGUAUUAAGCGCAAUGAAACAAAGGGAGACAAGUCUGGUUAACGACAUAAAUAGAAUGGAAAAAAAAUUAACUAACGAGAUGGGUUGCAUCAAGAAUCUCGAAAGCAAGCUCGCGGACACGAGGAAGGACUUGCACAUUGCAGAGAUGCAAAACGCCGAGAUGCAAGAAGCUCUGAAAAGCGCCAAGAUUGGCGACGAUCUCGCUAACGUUGAACUUCAGAAGACAUUGAAGAUUUUUGAGAGGGAGAAGGAGGAAGCUGCGAAGCGCGAGAGCACGUGGACUAAGAAUGCGGAGAUUAUGUACGAGAAGACCCGAGUCAAACACGCAGAAGAAGUCUCGGCCUUGACGAGCGGCUACGAAACGCGUUUGUUGGAGUUAAGGAAGACCAUAGAUCAUCUGAAUGAGACGAGUAAUAAUAUCAUAAAAGAGAAUAGCGUGUUAAAAACGUCUCUGACAGAAAUAAGAGGAGAGAACAUUACCCUAAGGAGCGAUUAUCAAUUCGCCACGGAACGGAAUAACGAUCUCCAAGACAAGCUGAAGGAAGCCACGGAGAAGUUGCAAACCAAAUCGACGAUGGACAAUCAGGAAUCCAAGAAGAGCGUCAUGAAGGACAAGAAGCGGUCGAAGGCGAAGGGCGACUACACGGUGCGUUUCGAUCCUGAUAUCGUUGCGGAAAUCCCCGAUCAAUGCAACGUUUCCACGUCCACGGAUCUUGGAUCACGGAUCUCGAAUCUCGGCGAUAACGAGCGCGAUAUCGCCGAUAUGUCGUUAUUGAGACAGCUGAGUCGCGCGUACUCGACGGAGAGGGAAAGUCCAAAAGAGCAAGAGGAGGAAGUUACGUCAGCGGGAAGGAAGUUCUUCAAGUCGCGUCCUGCUCAGCCGCGUACUUACUCCCGGCGACGACUCAUUUCGUGAAGAAAUGAAAAAUACGUUCGAACGAACACCGACAUACAAAUCUUAUUAUCAAUCUUUAUAUAUAAUUUUAUUGUAAACCGUUAUAUAAUCUCUCGAAACAUUUUCCCGUUCUUCCCUUCGUUCAAGGAGUAUCCGUUCGAACAUUAUCUGUCAGAUAAUUAUUAAUAAAUUAGUAAUUAAAAUUAUUUCAACUUUAAAUAGACACUGAUUUACUCGCAACUGUGUUUCUUAUUAAUUAUUAAUUAUAUUACCUCGCAAAUAUCUAAAUCUUUCGACGAUAUUUAUGAGAUAAGAUUAUUCGCAAUUAUUAAUACACGCGAGAAAGUUCCGAUGUGAUCCAGCGUAAACACAAGAUCGAUACCGGGACAAGUGGAUGGCUGCAUUUAGAAUAUAACGCGAGCACGGGGCCGAAGUCAUCAGCGCUCUCGAAAAAACGCCCACGCAUCUUCGACACGAUGAAGACAAGAUUGUGCGCAGCCGGGUGGAAGCGCGCAGAACGCUUAAAUUUAAACGUGAUUCACCGGCCCACCAUCCAGCCAAUAAAUGAUCCCCUUUGAAUCGACACGAAACUGAAAUUACGCAACGAGGCAAUGGAAUCGCGAAUUUCGUCAUCGUUGCGGCUGGAACGUUUCGCACGCGUUACUCGUUUCUUUCUUUUUGCAAACGUUACGAAGCAGAGAACCAGAACUCUCUCGCUCUUAAAAAUACAUCUCUCCUAUAUGUUGUACGGUGCGAGUCUUUCUUUCUUUCAAGUCGCGGGAGACGAUCACUCUCUGGCAGACCUCUCUGUUCCCUUUAAACCCACAAAUCCUCGCAUCUCCCGCAAAUCAGCGACGAUGUAUAUCUAUGACGACACGUAUACAUCCACAGGUUAUCGUCCUUGGAGGAGAUGUCCGAAAAAAUGAUUUUCCCCGCUUUUCGGUCUAUCUCGUGCGAGAAAUCAUCCACGAAAUCUGGAUCGCGCAAUAAUAACCCGAGCCGUACGACAGAGAACUAUUUAAAAGUAGCACGUCCUACUUUCCACGAGGGCGGCCGUUUUUUCCAUUUUUUCCUUCUGACUCAGGACCUCGACACGUUGCCGACGCCCUACACCGAUACGUCCUUCGUCGUGUGUUGGCGCUCGCAUCUCUCUAAUCAGACUGGGUCAAAGUGAAUUGUCUCGUUUGAACGAGCCGGGUGACCCUUGACUUGAAAUUUCUGUUUUCGAGCGCGCACUUAGAUAAUCCAGCAUUUCAGCCUCGCACAUUCGCGAGGGCACGAAUGAUCAAAGGAAACGUAUGCCUCUUUCACAUCAGACGUUUGUGCUUUGGAAGAAGAAAAAUCCACGUUCACGUCUUUGGAAUUCCAUUAUAGAAACCCGAAGAAUUGCAAAUAUUUCGCAGCGGCGUGUAAUUCAUGUUAAUUGCGUUAACUAUGAUCUCGGUGAUUAAAGAGCAACAUUUAUGGUUGAGAUCACGGACUUUCUAAAUUUUCAGAUACCUAGAGACCAAAACUCCCGCAAUUGCAAACCGUGGAGUAACAAAUGGA